AUGUCCUCCGCCGUGGAUGCCUGUCUCAUAUGCCAUCUGGCGCCCUACGCAGCAGCAUCCCAACAAUGGCCCUCACUCGCUUUCUGUGACCGACACAGUUGGGAUGACAUGAUCGACGCGAUCUUCUUGUUCAUCUCUACACUUCAGGCCAUCACCGGGAAAGACCUCCUGGAUCCCGCUUUGGAUAUGAUGCUUCGGGCUACGUCUUCGGGAUCGUCAUCAUCGACCAUUUCAGCAGUGCCCAAACCACCACCGGCGCCAAACCUGAAGGUGCCGCCGCCGCCACAGCAGGACGGUGGACCAAAGGCAGAAGCUUCCAGCAGUGGCAAGGCUGCAGAAGGGAACGCAGCAAAGAUAAAGCUUACGCAAAUCUGGCACCAAAAAAGCACGGGACAGUAUUCCCGACGCACGCCGUAUGUCAUAUCGACGUAA